UAUAUUCUUCUCUGUAAAGAUUCUCCGUCCAGUGGUUGUGCUUGGCGAAUUUCGCAGCCUCUUUCGCUUCAUUUCAUUGGCUAUCCAACUCUGCUCUCUUCUUCUCUUCUUCUCUCUCUUAUUUCUAGCUUUCAUUUGGGGGAACCACCAUCAAACUAAAGGGUUGGUCUCUCACAUGGGACUGAUGAUCAAAGAGCGGGUCGGCUUCCAAAUUUGUACUGCUUUAGGCAGUUCCACAAGCAUCGAUCAAUCAUUCAGUGUCUGUUCCUCCCUGUCAUCGAUUAUUGGACUCUUUUGAAGAGUGAUGCGUAUUGAAGUCUUCAAGAAUGGCUGCUUUAGUCCCUGGUGUUCUGCUAAAGCUUCUGCAGCAUAUGAAUACAGAUGUGAAGAUUGCUGGUGAGUACAGGUCAUCUCUAUUGCAAGUAGUUAGCAUUGUGCCUGCUCUAGCGGGCGGUGAUCUCUUCCCAAACCAAGGAUUCUACCUCAAGGUAUCAGACUCGUCUCAUGCCACCUAUGUCUCUCUCCCUGAUGAACAUGAUGAUCUAAUUCUCAGUGACAAAAUCCAAUUGGGUCAAUUCAUACAUGUUGAGAGGCUUGAGGCUGCCUCCCCAGUCCCCAUUCUUCACGGGGUUAGGCCGGUCCCUGGGCGCCACCCUUGUGUGGGAACCCCUGAAGAUAUUGUUGCAACCCAUUCUUUGGGUUUUCUCAAUAACAAUUCUGAUUCUUCUUUGGGUUCAAAACCCUUGGAUAAAUCAAAAUCGGCUAAUAAGUUAUUGGGUAAUAGUCAUCUUGGAGCAAAAGAUGGUAAUCCAAUCCAGCUGAAAUUAACUGUUAGGGCUAAGGAGGAUCAAUCAGAGAAGAAUACACCAGUAUUUAGUCGAUCGAAGUCUCAAUUAUCAAAACAGGCUUUGAGUUUAGUUGAGAAGAAGGAAUUAUUAACAAAAUCAAAGUCAUCAAGUUCAAAGUCCAUCCCUUCAUCUCCGACAAGUUGUUACUCAUUGCCCACUUCGUUUGAGAAGUUUACAAAUGGGUUUAAGCAGCAGACAAAGAUCAAGGGUUUGGAGAAGGCAACAGCUAAAUUAGGGUUGGGGGAAAAAGCCAGUUCAGCUCGUGCCGCAAGUCCAACUGCAAAGAAGGCAUCAGCUGUAAGUUCGAUCAAGAAUUUUGUUCAGGGGAUUGAUUUAGGGCCUAAGGCUUUAAGAAAGAGUUGGGAAGGAAGCACAGAGACCAAGAGUCGAGAAAGCCCCAGAUUGAAGCCCACCAAGCUUGAGUCAAAGCCUGAAUCCCGGAGUACUUCUGUUCCUAGAAAAUCAACAAGUGAAAGGCCGUCAUCUAAAGAGGACAACAAGGUCCAGAUAUUGGCAAAACCACCCAAAGAGGAAAACAAAUUGCAAGUGCCUACAAAAAGGGUCACUAGAAAUGGGGAUGUGGAUGGCAUCGGCAAAUCAAUUAGGCAAAGAAAUUCCGUGUCAAAGAAAUCAUCUGGAGAUGUUAUUAAUCAUGGCCUACCUGGAAACUUUGUCAAAGUUUCUCUUAGUAAUAGGAGAACAGAUGGAAGUGUUUCAUGGGGUGCACUUCCAUCUUCUCUUGCAAAGCUUGGAAAGGAAGUUUUGAAGCAUAGAGAUGCUGCACAAACAGCUGCCAUUGAAGCAAUGCAAGAGGCUUCAGCUGCUGAGAGCUUACUUCGAUGUUUAAGUAUGUAUUCUGAGCUGCGUUCCUCUGCAAAGGAAGAUAACCCACAACCUGCAGUGGAGCAAUUCUUGACUAUACACGCGAGCUUAAACAAUGCUUGUCUGGUUGCUGAUUCCCUAUCUAAAACCAUUCCAUCAGGUUUGUCUCGGGAUCAUGAAGAAAGCCCCACAGCCGAAGCACUGAAGGUCACAGCAGACAGACAUAAGCAAGCAGCUUCUUGGGUUCAAGCUGCAUUAGCAACCAAUUUAUCGUCUUUUUCAGUAUUUAGCAAGCGAACCUCUUCAAACUCGUUCCCGGGUUCAACUCCAGCUCAAAGCCUGAAAACUCUCUCUGGAGUUCAGCCCAUAUUAAUCCUAGAGAACUCUGCUAAGAGUGCUGCUGCAACGAAAGCCCAAGCCAAGCCCCGCCCAUCAGUGGGCUCUAAAGUCGUGAUUCCAGGAACUCCACGCAGACUGAUAGAUGGGCCGGUAGUUAAUCAGAAGCUACAGGCCCCAGCGCCAGCAGAAUGGAUCAGAGGAGACGGGCUUGAUGAAGCUGUUGACUUGGCUGGGAAGUUGCGAGUGGAAUCCCAGGGUUGGUUCUUAGGAUUUGUAGAAAGAUUCUUGGAUGCCGAAGUUGACACGUCAUUUCUGUCAGAUAAUGGUCAGAUAGCAGGCAUGUUGACACAGUUGAAGAGCGUGAAUGACUGGUUAGAUGAGAUUGGAUCGAGCAAGGAUGAAGGAGAAAUUCCCAAUAUCUCGCCAGACACCAUUGAGAGGAUAAGGAAAAAGAUCUACGAGUACCUUCUUACACACGUUGAAUCUGCUGCGGCUGCACUGGGGGGUGGAUCGCAGUCAUUGCCUACUACAGAAAUCAAAACAAGAAGAUGAUAAUAUCAUUUAGGAUUGGACAUGCGAAUGCCAUUCAAUUGCCGAGUUGUCGAAGGAGCUUGGUGUUCAAUUUAUGUACAUAAAUCCUACUGGGGGUGGUUCAGGUAUAGAAGAUAAAUUAGUUAUUGAUUGAUAAUCAAGUAAGUGCCCUUGAUGUGUGGAGUUGAAAGGAUUUCUUAUGCCCUUUUCGCUGGAACUGUGUUUUUUUUCUUUUUUUCCCACUUAAAACCGUCCAAAUUGAAUUUGUUUCAAGAGGAGAGGGGAUUGGCCCUUCCCCCCAUCUUUUCUGUGAAAAAUUUGUCAUAGUUUCUAGGAAAGGGGGAAGCAUAUAUUCACUGUUGACCUCUCAGAUCCAUGAAAUCCUCAAGAGUUCAACUGUACUUUCUUCCCUUUUGGGGCUGAUAGAUGGUGUGUUAUUGGAAACUUCAAUAACCCUUAUUCCAGUUCAGUAAAAAGUUACUGAUGCUUUCGGUGCCUAUUAUACCUGGAUCUAUGUGUGAGAAGAAAAAUUAUUUCUCAGCAGGCCCCUUUUGCUUUUUAAGAUUAUCCCCUCGGCCUAUGUAUCGACUUUUCAUGUGAGAAUACAUGUUUUAAAAUAUGUGAGAAAAAGAUCAAUAAACGCAUGCAUCUAGUAUCAUCGUGGAUGGAUUGAAGAUAA